UAUUGUCCCCUUUAAGCAUAAACUCUCAUGGCUUUGCUAUGAACUUUCUCAAAAUGUCUCAUCUCAAUGGAGAGAGUAUUCCAUGAUUAUAAACCCAUGAUCAUUUCUUAAAUUAGUCGAUAUGGGACUUUCCUCUUCUAACAAAAUUGACUGGUGCAUGUUCAGAAAGUUCAAGUUUCAUCCCAACAAUACAGUUAGUACACUUCCAAAGGAUCUCAAUUUGAGAAGGGAAGGGAGCUGUGAAAUUUGGAAAAUGAUGGGCAGUUCUCGUACAUGGGCUUAUAUGCGGAUCAUCGCCGGUACCAUCGUCGGCGGCGUUCUUGGCUUCUAUGUAAUGCACCGCGUUGAAGUUGGCUAUAAGGAGAAGAUGAAAGAAAGAUUAAGACAAUACGAAAUCGAACUAAAGAAGAAAGAGCAAAUGAAAGAACUUGAAGACUCGUCAUAGUUGUUUUUGCAGUUGCGGGAUACAUUAUCUGAUGCUGCAGUCUCUCGGAAGUUUGGGGAAUUUUUUGUCAACUGGGCUUUGUCCUUCAAAAUUUGAAGCUGUUUGAGUUUGUCACUAUUCAAUUCCCUGCAUUUUCGUGUGGCAGGGCGUUUGAAAUCAUGCGAGUAUAUACCCCCAUUCCACCACUACCUUAGAAUUUUUUUUUAUGGCUUGAACUUGUUGGUGAAUGUCCAUCGUGGCGUCAAAUUCAGAAUUUUUAUUAGAAAAGCUAAUGGAUCCUUAGCGCCCUCGAUUAAUGCUCAUACUUCAUUGCAGUUGUACUGUCAUAAACAUGGGUGAAUAAAAAUUGGAUUUCAUAUU